CCUCCCGAGUUUUUGCUUUCUCUUUCAACUCACCUCCUCCAAUGGCAUCUUCGUUAUCCACUUUCCAUCAUCUCACCUCUUCGUUUCCCCCUCGAAACAUCGACAAUGGAAAGCUUUCCAGUUCUCUUUGUCCUCCACCCAUCAAAUUAUCUUCAAACACCAGCGUUUCUCUCAAUUUCCUCGAUAGAAAAUUCUCCUCGCUCAUCUCUUCAACUCCAAGGUUCUUGACUGUCAUCGCCAUGGUUCCUCCUAAACCCGGCGGCAAAUCCAAGAAAGUGGUUGGGGUGAUAAAAUUGGCUCUCGAAGCAGGUAAGGCGACACCGGCGCCGCCUGUAGGACCGGCGCUCGGAGCAAAGGGUGUGAAUAUUAUGGCCUUUUGUAAGGAUUACAAUGCUAGAACUGCUGAUAAAGCUGGUUAUGUUAUCCCUGUCGAAAUUACUGUCUACGAUGAUAAAAGCUUCACUUUCAUUCUAAAGACACCUCCUGCUUCAGUUUUGUUACUUAAGGCAGCAGGAGCGGAGAGAGGUUCCAAGGACCCGAAACAAGAGAAAGUGGGGAAGAUAUCGAUAGAUCAAUUACGUGCUAUCGCUACUGAAAAGCUACCUGAUCUGAAUUGUACGACCAUCGAAUCGGCUAUGAGAAUUAUUGCCGGGACUGCAGCUAAUAUGGGAAUCGACAUCGAUCCACCUGUUCUUGAACCAAAAAAGAAAGAAAUACUCGUCUAGAUGUAGUUGCCUACUUCGUUAUCUGUAUCAAUAUCUACUAGUACUUGUUGCCCCAUUUUGCCAUUUCACUCCACAAGAGUAAGAAAUUCAUUAGAAAUCCCGGAUGUAGAUUUUGAUACAUGUUUGUAUCAUAUUUUAAUUAUUUUUUCGUAUCGUAUCAUGUCAUAUGAUCGAUGAUUAUUGGGUUCAA